UUCCACACAAACAAGACUCUGUUUACUCGAACAACGCAGCGGUUCUUUUUCCAAAUGUAGCUUCUUUAUAUUUAGCUCAGAGUUUGUUGCAAUGGCAGACAAGAAUCCACGAGCAGUUCGCCGCAAACGAAAGCCCGGGGUUGAGGUUAUUGAAAGAAAAAGAAAACGGGAUAAGGAGCGAAGCCAAACUAAGGUGAUUCUUGGAGAUUCCUUCCAGCGAUGGCGCGCACUGAAGCGGGAGAAGGGACUAAAGACGGACGCGUUGGUCGCUAAAUUUCUUCUGGACAGCUAUGAUAAUGUCACGUCUGCCCCACUACCUCAAACUCGAUGGGUGAGACCCCCGCAGUUUUCCACCAAUGUUCAGGAAUUGUUCUCAGACAGAGAUGAACUGACUGAAAACAUAGAUGAGGAAGAAUUCAACAGUCUCCAAAACACUACUAUCGACUGGGAUGAUAAAACCUGGACUCCAGAAAUGGAAACACAAUCACAGUUUUCCUCUGAAGAAGAUGAAACAAAGGACUUUGACUCUGCCUCUGAUGAGAGUCAAGAUCUACACUACACACCACCAAUUUGUCUGCGGGCUGGGGGUGCACUGAAACAACCAUUUUGUGUCGACACAUUGCCACAGAUUCACAUGGAUGAAACGGUCCAUGAUGAGCCUGACGACUGUGAAACUGUGGAAGAUGCCGUCCCUCCUGACACUGCUAUGGCUGUUAUUGAGAAAGACGUUUUGGGAAAACAAGCGUCCAUCAUCUAUCAUGACGUCUUGAAGCAGCUUCUAGAUUACCUAAUCCUACCUGUGGACAAAUGCACAGCUCAGGACCCUAUCUCAAAGGUGUCAUGUAAUGCACCAAGACCCUUUAAAGUUUCAGUGAGAAGAAGAUGCACAGCUGUAAUAGCAGAAUGGAUAUGUCCAAAUGGACACACCGUUUGGAACUGGAGCUCCCAGCGUUACUUUAAAUGUGGAAUGCUGGCGGGAGACUUCAUGUUGGGUGUUAAUGUCUUGUUGUCUGGAAGCAGCUUCCGAAAAGUGGCACUUCUCUUCAAAUUUAUGAAUAUGGGAAUGAUUGAUCCCACAACAUUCCACAAGAUCCAAGAUGACUUCUGUGUGGAUAACAUCACCAACUUCUGGAAGAAAGACACUGAAGGGAUCAUUAAUGAGUUAAAAGAGAAGGACUCUGUUGUGUUGCUUGGUGAUGGUCGGAUGGAUAGUCCAGGAUUUUGUGCACAAUACUGCACGUACACCAUGAUGGACAAUGAAACAAAGAAGAUUGUUUACAUGCACAGCUCUGACAAACGAGAGACCCAAAGAAACUCCGUCACCGUGGAGAAGCACUGUUUCCUAAAAUGCAUGAAGGAAAUCAUGAAAGACUUGACAGUCAAAGAAGUUUGUACUGAUGCACAUUCUCAAAUAUCUUCACUGUUCAAGAGUGGAGAAUACAAAGACAAAGGAAUAAAACACUCACUGGACGUCUGGCAUGGUGCUAAAACUCUCAGCAAAAAGAUUUUGGCUGCUGGACGUCAAAAGGACUGCUCCUUGCUGCUCACCUGGAACAGGGAUAUAACAAACCACUUCUGGUUCUGCUGUAAAACGGCUGAAACAUAUGAACACUUCAUGGAUCUAUGGACUGGACUUUUACAUCAUGUGACUGGUGUUCAUCAGUGGUGCUUUGGCUCUUGUGAUCAUGACCUGUUGGAAAGCGAAAGGAACAAGCCACUGAUUCCAAAAGACUCUGUGGCUCACCAGCGGCUACGUGAUUUAAUGCUGGAUUUACGGUGGCUAAAUACUGUCACAAAGUUCCUGUCUUUUAGGUCGACUGCAGAGCUGGAGUCAUUCCACAAUCAUGUCUCGAUGUACGCUGGAAAACGCUUUGCAUUCUCCAAGAAGGUUUAUGAGGCACGAGUCCACUUGGCAUCGCUGGACUACAACAAUCACCUAAACAGAGAACCCAGGAGGAGAAAGGACGGCUCCACACAAAAAGGAAAGCUUUACAACAAGAGGACAAAGACGUGGCAUCUGUACACACACAAAGCCCCAAAAGAGUACAAGUACAUCCCCGAUCUGCAGACACUCAUACUCCAAUCAAGACUUUUGUCCCUGAGAGGAAUGGCUGAUAGUUUCCCUUCAAAACCCGAUGAUCCACAAAGGCUUGGGCCUCUCACAGGUGUCCAGCUCCCCUCUCCGAGUCCUGCUCUGACUCCACAGAUUAAAGAAGAACCCAACAUCAAACAGGAGGAAGAACAGCUGCAAGUGUGUGUUCUAGCGUUUGGUGCUGUGAGCGUGAAGACAGAAGAGUCCUCACUGCUUCAACAAAGAGAAAGUGAGCAGAGAAUGGACAUCAAAUCAGAGACACUGGUCUACAGAGUGGACACAAAGACAGAGGACAUCAAAUCAGAGACACUUGUCUACAUAGACGACACACAAGGAGAGAACAUCAAAUCAGAGACACUUGUCUACAUAGACGACACACAAGGAGAGAACAUCAAAUCAGAGACACUUGUCUACAUAGACGACACACAAGGAGAGAACAUCAAAUCAGAGACACUUGUCUACAUAGACGACACACAGGGAGAGGACAUCAAAGCAGAGACACACAUCCACUCAGAGACUGAGGGAGACACAGAGCACUCUUCUGACACUGACAUUGAUGAAGACUGGAGAGCUGAUGGAAACUACCACAACCAAGAGACCAGAGGCAGACGCAUCACUGCACAAAACUCACGUCUAUUCCCCAGAUACACAUCUCCACAAGAGACCAGAGCCACUGUGAACACAGGAGACAUGUCAGGAGCUGACGAAGGAGCUGACAAAGGACCUGAGAGCAAGAUACGCACGUGCCCUGUUUGUAAAGAGAGUUUUGAGUCUCCAUAUAAACUACAAAUACACAAGAGAGUUCACAGGGGAGAGGAACCACUCAGCUGUUCAAUCUGUAAGAAAGAGUUUGCUGUAAGCUCUGAUCUUAAGAAACAUAUGAGGACACACACGGGGGAGAGACCAUUCACCUGUUCAGUUUGUAAGAAAACAUUUUCCCAAAAGGGUCAUCUUGAAUUACAUACGAGGAUACAUACAGGGGAGAAACCGUUCAGCUGUUCAGUCUGUAAGAAAACGUUUACCCGAAAGGAUCAUUUUGAAACACACAUGUCAAGACACACAGGGGAGAAACGAUUCAGCUGUUCAAUCUGUUUGAAAGUGAUUUCUGAUAGUGCUAAUUUCAAAAAACAUUUGAAGACACACUCAGGGGAGAGACCUUUCAGCUGUUCAGUCUGUGAGAAAACAUUUGCCCGAAAGGGUCAUCUCAAAACACAUAUGAUGACACACACAGGGGAGAGACCAUACAGCUGUUCAGUUUGUAAGAAGACGUUUGUUGUAAACUCUAAUCUCAAAAUACAUAUGAGGACACACACAGGGGAGAAACCAUUCAGCUGUUCAGUCUGUAAGAAAGUGUUUACUCAACGUUCUAAUCUCAAAAAACAUACGAGGACACACUUUAGACGAGUUCUUUAAAUGGCCAUAGCUAACGCACAAGCCGCCAGUGUUGUGCAUGAACAAGUUCAAAAGAACACGUUCACUGAACACGUUCAUUUUUCAGAGAACUUUGAACUGAAUGCAACACAUUUGUAAUUCAAGAACUUGGACACAAAUUUGUUCAAAUUAUUUGAGAUGAACGACGUAUGUCACUGUUGCGCUUCAGUUAAAUAUCGGAAUUUGUUUUCGCCUGAUGAGUCGACUGACAAGGUCUGCCCCCGCUUUUUAGGGCCUGGCACCACUGCACGAGUCAGCGUUUACGCGCGCAGCCACGCAUCAACACGGCUCCACCAGCAGCUGCAGCAGGACGUACACGUGACACUGACUCUGUUUGUCAAUGGGAAAGACGAUCAAACUUGACUGUGAGCGUUUAGCCACUUGUACCAGGUCCACAGUGAAACUAACAGCUGAACAGACUUGUAUUUACCUUCUGUACAGACUCACCACGGCAAACACAAGGAUUUCAAAAGUGAAUUUCAAAGCACUAAUUAACAGUCUUUCUGGACCUGGGCUCCUUCACACGAUACAGAACUGCCCCAGGAGGCUGUUACAGUGCUUAUGGUUUUAUAUGUUGUAAAGUUAUAAACUGGAAGUCAGUUUGAAAAAUAAGUUCAAGUUUCAUUUACAUAUCUCACCUAAAAAUUAAAUGAACUGAACUUUGAACUAGUUCAUGAAAAGUGUGAACUUGUACAACACUGCAAGUCGCUACAACAGGAAGUUCUCAUGUGGCUCUUCUGGCUCCUUCUGACUCCGGCUCCCAUUGACUUAUGCUGGAAUAUUAGGGCCCCUCUCUCUGUAACUGCUGCAGUGAGGCUCGUCAUUUUGGUCUUAAAAUGUUCGUAUUAACUCGCUCUACAUGAUCCUGUUGUUU